AUGUGGCCGGCAAGGCCGUUGGGCGGGGGCCUGGCCGGUGCUCCGCAGCUGUCUGUGACACACGGAGCCCGCGGGCCGCUUCGGCCCCCAGAGAGCCCGGCAUGGUACGCGCGGGCGCCGUGGCGUCGCAUCUCCCUGCGUCCGGCUUGGACAUCUUUGGGGAUCUGAGGAAGAUGAACAAGCGCCAGCUCUAUUACCAGGUCUUAAACUUUGCCAUGAUUGUGUCUUCUGCGCUCAUGAUCUGGAAAGGCCUGAUCGUCCUCACUGGCAGCGAGAGUCCCAUCGUGGUGGUGUUGAGUGGCAGCAUGGAGCCAGCCUUUCACAGGGGCGACCUUCUGUUCCUAACAAAUUUCCGGGAAGACCCGAUUAGAGCUGGUGAAAUCGUUGUUUUUAAAGUCGAAGGCCGAGACAUUCCAAUAGUGCACAGAGUAAUCAAAGUUCAUGAAAAAGAUAAUGGAGACAUCAAAUUUCUGACUAAAGGAGAUAAUAAUGAAGUUGACGACAGAGGCUUGUACAAAGAAGGCCAGAACUGGCUCGAAAAGAAGGAUGUGGUGGGGAGAGCCAGAGGGUUUUUACCAUAUGUUGGUAUGGUCACCAUAAUAAUGAACGACUAUCCAAAAUUCAAGUACGCUCUUUUGGCUGUAAUGGGUGCAUAUGUGUUACUAAAACGUGAAUCCUAAAAUGAAAGGCAAUUCCUGGGACCAGACAGAAAUAAAUUCUGUUGAAAAAGAGAAAAGCUAAUAUAUUUGAAAUGUUCCACUUUCUGUAUAAAAGGAAACAAUGUGGAGACGUUUUUGUCUUGUUUGAAUAAACGAUUCAUCAGUGAAGAUUGUU